AGUGAAUAAAGUGGCAGCCAAGUAUCCAACAUGAUAAGAACCUGUCCAAGAUCUGCCCGGGCAAUGAUGACCAAGGGUAGUGGUACUGGCCGUUAUCGCCAAAAGUGGGGAGCAAAGGGUACCUAUAUGGCUUAUAUCUCGUGACGAAUGUACCAGAGCUAUUCUUUAAACUGAAUAAGUUGUAUCUUGUGAGAUUUUCCUGUCUGCUAAGGACGAUGGCAUCUAGACUUCGGCACAUUCUGAAGACUAAAGAGUCGGCGGGCAGCGAUGACGGAGAGACGGAUCGAAAGUCAUAUGGACCACUAUCAAACAAAGACUUAGAACCGACUCCACCGGAUGAGCGAAAUUGGUCGCCACUGUACUUCUUCGCCUUUCAAUUUAGUAUUGCUUUCUCUCCGACCACAUAUAACAUAGGAUCCUCGCUUUUUGCAAUUGGACUCAACUACUGGACAAUCAUCAUCAGCGCCUUCGUCGGCACAGCACUAUGCUGCGCCGUCCUGCUAUUCAACAGCAGAGGGCCCACAAUCUACCACAUCGGCUUCCCCGUCUACGUCCGCGCCAGCGCCGGCGUCUACGGCGCCAGAAUCGCCAUCUUCAUCCGCAUGAUCGUAGCCAUAUUCUACAUGGGCACACAAACCUAUUACGCCAGCCGUCUCCUAGCCGUUGCCCUGCGAGCCGUAUUCGGAGACUCCUGGGUCAACAUCCCAAACCACCUCCCAGCAUCAGCUGGGAUAACAAGCUCCAAUAUGCUGGCGUUUUUCCUGACCUGGCUAUUCCAGUUCCCGACCGCGUGGCUGCAUCCCAAGAACGCGGGGCCGCUGUUUGUUGUGAAAUCGAUAUUCUCCCCACUAUCCUACUUCGUGACGAUGAUUUGGGCGCUGGUGAAAUUUAAAGGCGUGGAGUUAGAGUUGGGAACGAAGACCCUGUCAGGUGGUGCGCUGGGUUGGGGAUUUAUGAAGAGUAUUAAUACUGUUGUGUCGGGUGUUAUCCCACCCAUGGUCAACAUCGCAGACCUAGCCCGUUACGGCAACCAGCCCCAAGACGUCGCUCCCCUCGUCGCAGGCCUCUUCAUCAGCAAGCCGCUGGUCAUCCUAAUCGGGCUAUUCACCACAGCAGCGGGAGCGAAACACUUCGGCGUGGCGAACUGGAAUCUCUGGGAUUUUUACUCCCUGGUUCUGGAUCAUUAUUGGGGACCUGGGACCCGGACUCUGGUUUUUCUCGGCGCGUAUAUUCAGGCUUUUGCGACGGUCUGUACGAAUAUUUCGAGUAAUGCUAUUCCGGUUGGUGCGGAUUUGAGUGGGUUGUUUCCGAAAUACUUCACCAUAGUUCGUGGACAGAUCCUUUGUAACCUGCUGAUCUGGGCCGUCGUCCCUUGGCUCCUCGUUAACUCAGCAGCGAAUUUCCUCACGUUUCUUGGCAGCUAUCUAUGCUUCAUCACACCCAUUGUCGCUUGCAUGAUUGUAGAUUAUUGGAUUGUCCGCCGUGGAAACUUGCAUAUUUUGUCUUUAUAUAGAGCGGAAUCCAGCUCGCCGUAUUACUACAAUCAUGGAUUCGACCCUCGUGCCCUUGUUGCUUGGAUAUCAGGGAUCGUGCUAGUGAUUUCUGGAAUCGCGGGAGCGAUCAAGCCGGGGACCAUUAGUCAGAUGGCUGUGAAUAUUUAUAAUUGCGGCUUCGUCCUCUCGUUUGCGGCUGGGGCAUCGGUAUACUACAUUGCGUGCAAGAUCUUCCCGCCGAGGAUAUACCCGGCUGGAGAGCACGAGAAUGAGACGAAGUCGUGGGAGCAUAUGCGUUUGACAGAGGGAUUCUUUCUUGAUGAUGAUAUCCUGCCAGAAUAUAUCAGGGAGAGGUUUAUUGUAAGUGAAGGUAGCUCGCCAACGCUGGUCGUGCAGGCUGGAGAGAAUGUGGUGGAGAAAGUCUGAAUGUCUAUAGAAGGGUGGCUUUGAUAGUGUUAAAGAAGAGCUUUUCGAGGCAGAAUAGAUUUCUGACGGUGACCCAUGAAAAGGAUCUCCAUAAUACAAGAUUGGCGCCCCCGAGACAUAAACGAGCUCUCCCGAGGAUGUGUUACAGAAAGUGACUUUUCUAGGGGCCGCACGCCUGUCAUUCUGCCAGUAGUUGGAAUUCUACUAGGCAGUACGUUACCACACUUUCGAGAGUGAUCAUGGGAUCAUAGACAGUGACGCAUUUUUUGGUGAAAAUAAGAGAGAAAUUGAAUCUUGGCUCUUGUGUUGACUUUCGAAGCGAAGAUUCUCAAGCGUUUCAUGCAUCUGAUAGGACACUCGUCCUGGAGUGUCAGACGACGUGUAAAGUUACCAGGAACCUUAUAGCUUUGAUACUUGCAAAGACGAU